AUGACAUGGUCUUUUCGUCAAAAUUGCCGUUCAAACUUAGCAAUGGCUUUUAUGACCAUGUUCUUCCUUUCUAUGGCCAUUGUUAGGACGGUCGACGCAAAUGGCAAUGUCAAGGUAUUUGACGGGGCUAUAGGACGAGGUAAUUAUACUUACUAUACUAUCACAAAAGGUGGAACAUAUACACUAAUCUUAGAUUCCAUAUCCGGAGAUGCUGAUAUAUACGCUGAUGAAGGGAACGAAAAGCCUGACUUCGAUCACUACUCUCAUGUUUCCAAUACGUGCGGACGAGAUAUAAUCACCAUCUCUUCAAGUGCCAAGCGACCUAUUGGCGUUGCAAUUUAUGGUCAUGUGUCAUAUGAACAAUCAGUUUACCAAUUAACAGUAGUAAUGGGAGAAAAAGAUGACGCCAUUAAUGCCGCAGCUGAAAAGUAUAACUCGAAUAAACAUGGCUCUGCUUCAGAUACCUUUCAUCGUAUUUUUGUAACGUUACUGAAAAUAUUAUUUGAGCUACUGUAA